AUGUCGCCUGUCAAAAUUCCGUCAAGGGCUGAGUAUUUGCUCCUGGCCAAGGUCGCCGAGGAAGCUGAGCGCUAUGAAGACCUGGUGGGUCAAAUCAAGGGCCUGACGUACACAUAUGGCGCAUUGAACAUCGAGGAACGCAACUUGCUCUCCGUCGCAUACAAGAACAUCACAAAUACGCUCCGCAGCAGCUGGAGAAUUGUGGAUACUUUAGAGAAAAUGGAAUCAUCGCGAGCUUCAAUUCGCCAAGUCUCUUUGAUUCGGCGGCAACGGAGUCGCAUCGAACAAGAGUUAGCUGAUACUUGCAAGGACAUUGUGAAAUUACUGGAUGAGCGUCUGCUACCGAGUGCCAAACAAGGCGAAGAAAAGGUGUUCUAUUACAAGAUGAAAGGCGAUUAUUACCGCUACUUGGCGGAAUUCGCUCAACAGCAUGAUAGAAGCCACUUUGCCGAACUCUCGCUAUCAGCCUACAAAUUCUCCUACAAGCAUGCCUUAGCCACGCUGGACCCUAUGCAUCCUACGAGACUUGGUUUGGCACUGAACUUUGCUGUAUAUUAUCACGACGUCUUGAAAAGUCCCGAGAGAGCAUGCCAUCUUGGGAAACAUGCGUUUGACGAGGCCGUUUCUUGCCUGGACGAGUCAUCAUCAGGUCAGGUCAUGCGAGAUUCUAUGAUGAUCCUCCAACUCCUUCGAGAUGAUUUGAUUAUAUGGUCAGGGGAGAUGCAAAAAGAGCUGGACGAUCGAUGA